AUGCAAAAUAUGAGCUCGUCACGCCGGCCAUCGACUUUGCCAUGCAAUUUUGCUGCCCCGCUGCGCGCAACGCAAGGCCACUGCGCACGAGAACACUGCGUCUCAACGCCUCCAGCUAGACAGCUGUCUCGGCGCUGCUGCUAUUUCCGUCGCCGCGAGCAACACUCGCUCGGCUACGUUGCACACCGAUGCUGGCCAGUCCAGUUCAGUCCAGGUCGGCCAAGCCCAGUUCCCAUCUACGUAGUCGUCGCAACAGUGACGCCCUCCACGCGCUCUACACGCGGAGACUUUGCGCCUCAAACUCAGAUGUGUAGCGAGCCGCGCGCGCAGCGUGUCGCCCGGCACCCUCUGGCCGCACAGAUGCGGCACGCCCGCUCGUUACCCCCGCCCGCUAGCGCGUGUCAGACCGUGGUCGUCCUGCGGGCAUUCCCGAAGCGGAGCGGUCCCGUGCGACAUGGUUGA